AGUACUGUAGGAUUGCUUAUGGCAGGAAGUACUGUAGGAUUGCUUAUGGCAGGAAGUACUGUAGGAUUGCUUAUGGCUGGAAGUACUGUAGGAUUGCUGAUGGCUGGAAGUACUGUAGGAUUGCUUAUGGCAGGAAGUACUGUAGGAUUGCUUAUGGCAGGAAGUACUGUAGGAUUGCUUAUGGCAGGAAGUACUGUAGGAUUGCUUAUGGCAGGAAGUACUGUAGGAUUGCUUAUGGCAGGAAGUACUGUAGGAUUGCUUAUGGCAGGAAGUACUGUAGGAUUGCUGAUGGCUGGAAGUACUGUAGGAUUGCUUAUGGCAGGAAGUACUGAAGGAUUGCUUAUGGCAGGAAGUACUGUAGGAUUGCUUAUGGCUGGAAGUACUGUAGGAUUGCUUAUGGCAGGAAGUACUGUAGGAUUGCUUAUGGCAGGAAGUACUGUAGGAUUGCUUAUGGCAGGAAGUACUGUAGGAUUGCUUAUGGCAGGAAGUACUGUAGGAUUGCUUAUGGCAGGAAGUACUGUAGGAUUGCUUAUGGCAGGAAGUACUGUAGGAUUGCUUAUGGCAGGAAGUACUGUAGGAUUGCUUAUGGCAGGAAGUACUGUAGGAUUGCUUAUGGCAGGAAGUACUGCUUAUGGCAGGAUUGCUUAUGGCAGGAAGUACUGUAGGAUUGCUUAUGGCAGGAAGUACUGUAGGAUUGCUUAUGGCAGGAAGUACUGUAGGAUUGCUUAUGGCAGGAAGUACUGUAGGAUUGCUUAUGGCUGGAAGUACUGUAGGAUUGCUGAUGGCUGGAAGUACUGUAGGAUUGCUUAUGGCAGGAAGUACUGUAGGAUUGCUUAUGGCAGGAAGUACUGUAGGAUUGCUUAUGGCAGGAAGUACUGUAGGAUUGCUUAUGGCAGGGUUCCCCAACUGGUGACCUGCGGGCCAGAUUGAUGUUAUUUGGCCUGCAAAGCUUACUGAGCAAUUGUUCUAAAUGGUUGGACAUAAGAAAAAAAACAAAGAGCAAAUCAGCACCCAAGUGCUUUUAAUUUUGCCCAUCUUUUCAAAGUAGUCCCACGCAUCAGAGAGAUUUGUGAUCGAAAUUCAAAUGUAAGCAAAGUUUGUAAUGUUUCAGUCAAAUACAUCCGUUUGGAUUUCUUGCAGUCUAUAAAUUAUUUGUAAUUAAUAUUCUCCGCCCCCCCCUCCUCCUUAACAAUUUUUUUUUUUUACAUAAAAAUAAAUCGGCCUGCAGCUGAAUCUACAUUAGUUGAUGAUCCCUGGCUUUUGGCAUCACUUGAAAUGUCAAACCAUUUAAAAAACAGAGUGAAUAAUUAUUUUAAUUUGCCAAAUAACAAGCAGUGAGAGAAUAACAGCUUGUUAUUCUUGUUGUAACAUUGAUAUAAGCACUUUUUUUUUUAUAUAUAUACACAACAAAA